UAUUUCCUCCGUGUCAUAAACAUGCACAAAAACUGAAAACUCAUCCCUGACCCUGAGGCUCUGAUAUUACUAACGUUUUAGCCUCGAAUUACAUCCGAUUGAAACUUCGUCACAAAUCCAAAUCAAAAUUCAAAUCCGACCUGCCAACACUAUCAUUCAUCUUCUCCUUCCCUGUUUCUAGAUCUCUUAUACGGAUCUUCAAUUAUUUCAACCUAAAACCCUAAAAGAUCCCAUCGAAAACCAUACCCUAUCAAUCAAGGAAAGAAAGGAAGCUUGUAUCUAUUCCAAUAUUAGAUCAUAUUUAACCCUAAAAUUAAUGUUUCAAUUUUAGGUUUUCAGCUGUAAAACAACUUACAGUUGAUGCGAUGGUGGUCUGCAAGUGCCGGAAGGCAACCAAAUUGUACUGCUUCGUGCACAAGGUCCCCGUUUGUGGAGAAUGCAUAUGUUUUCCAGAGCACCAAAUUUGUGUGGUUCGUUCAUACUCAGAGUGGGUAAUCGAUGGAGAGUAUGACUGGCCCACAAAAUGUUGCCACUGUCAAGUUGUGCUCGAAGAAGGCGGUGAUUCUCAAACGACACGGCUGGGCUGCUUGCAUAUCAUACACACAAGUUGCUUAAUUUCAAAUAUUAAAAGUUAUCCUCUGCACACUGCUCCAGCUGGAUAUGUUUGCCCGGCAUGUUCAACUUCGAUAUGGCCUCCUAAAAGUGUCAAAGACUCCGGAUCCCGCUUACACUCACAGUUGAAGGAAGCAAUUAUUCAGACUGGAAUGGAGAAGAACGUGUUUGGAAAUAAUCCAGUUUCACUGCCAACCAGGGACUCUCGUGGAUCAUCUCCUGCUCUUUCCUCAGAUCCUUUGGUAACAAAAGAUGCUGUAGGAUACUCGGUUUCCUCUGGAAACAGCUCUGCUAAACCUUCAAGUGUAGAUAUUGUGGAGAUAGAUGUCCCUAAUUCGGCAAAUCAUGAGGGGAAUUUCUUGAGAAGCCCAACUUCUGGUGUUCCUGGUGCUACCACAAGAAAAAGUGCACAACAAGUUGAGAGACAAAACUCAGAGGUUUCUUAUUAUGCAGACGAUGAAGAUGCUAAUCGCAAGAAGUACACCAGGAGAGGAGGUUUUCGCCAUAAGUUUCUGAGGUCAUUGCUACCUUUCUGGUCAAGUGCAUUACCAACUUUACCAGUUACGGCACCCCCUAGAAAAGAUGGAAAUGGAGAGGAGAUCCAUACGCGACAGCAUAGACCGUCAAGGAUGGAUCCAAGAAAAAUACUUCUGGUGAUAGCAAUCAUGGCGUGUUUGGCAACGAUGGGUAUUCUAUAUUAUAGAAUCGCACAACGUGGGUUUGGGGAGGAGGAAGCGGUGGUGGGUCGUGAGGAGGAACAGUGAGAGAUUAUUAGCUGAUUUGGUGGUGCUUGUAUGCAAUUUGUUUGGAUUGGAUUAUACAUGAAAAUGGAGACAUUUGAUGUUUUGUUUAAAAUUGGUUUAUUGUUGCACAUGUUUUCAAGAGUCGCAUAGACCAAGUGUUUCUGUUUUAUGUUUUAGAAGCUCUUUUUUCUUCAUUUAUAGUUGUUGAAGAAUUGAUUGAACCAACUCGGAUGGAUGGAUGGAUGGAAGAGUUUGGUUUAUUUGGUAGAUUGAUUGCAAGCAUUCCAAUCUGAAUUUGCUCAAGUUUUGGUUAA